AUGGCCAUCUUGAACUCAAAUCCAGAAAUUCUAUUACGUAAGCGUAAAAACGCUGACCGUAAGAGAUUGGAGAAACAGGAGCAGAUCAAAGAGAAAAUUGCUGCCUCAAAAAAGGCCAAGUUGCAACAGAAGAAUAAAUUCAUCAGAGCAGAAACUUUACUAAGUAAUCACAAAUCCAACGAAAUUGAACGUAAGAGGAUCAAGAAGGUUUCGAAAAAGAUUAACAAUGGUAGUGAUGUACCAACUUCAAUAAGUAAUAACAACAGUGGUGACAGUACAGACAAAGUCCAGGAUGUUGGGGAGUACAAGUUACUAUUUGUUAUUAGAAUACCCAACCAUACAAAAGGAUUGAAAAUUCCUAAAAAGGCCUACCAAAUAUUGCAAGUUUUGAAAUUAACCGAAUCAAACACGGGUGUGUUUGUGAAAGCUAAUGAAUCAACGAUUAAAUUAUUGGGAUUGAUUGCUCCGUAUGUCAUUAUUGGUCAACCUUCAAUUUCAUCAAUACGUAAAUUGUUUCAAAAGAGAGCCCGUAUAAUGAUUGAAGAAGAAGCAAAAGAAGAAGGCAAUGCAGAAACUGGACAAGUGCAAACCAAAAUUGUAAAAUUGGACAAUAAUCAAGUUGUUGAAGACCAAUUUGAAGAUUUGGGACUUAUUUGUAUCGAAGACUUGAUUCAUGAGUUGAUCAAUUUAACUGAUAAUUUCAUCGCCAUCACUUCGUGGUUGUUGCCUUUUAAAUUGAAUGCUCCAGUCAAUGGGUGGGGUCCACAAGCUAAAUUGGCAAGGUUGCAAUAUGCAAAUGAUCACAAAGUUGAAGUAUCGUUGGCUCAGGAUUACAAGUUGAAGGAGGUGGAAGACUUUGAUUCCAUCAUUGAUCAACAAAAUUAA